UCGGCGGUUGUCCACCUUAAUCAUCAGUUCGAGUCCGGUUCCGCUUCGCGACGGUUGAUCUUAAGCCAGCCCACCAGAAAAUGCCGAAUCUAGUGCUCCACACGCUGCACCUUAGUCCACCGUGCCGAGCCGUCGAAAUGACGGCCAAAGCACUGGGACUAGAGCUUGACCAGCGGACGGUGAACCUGCUAACCGGAGAUCAUAUGAAGGCGGAGUUCUUGAAGCUCAACCCUCAACAUACGAUUCCGGUGCUAGAUGAUGGUGGCACAAUCAUUCCCGAGAGCCACGCCAUCAUGAUUUAUCUGGUGACGAAGUACGCGAAAGACGAUGCCCUCUACCCGAAGGAUCCGGUACAGCAGGCACGUGUUAACGCGGCUCUCCACUUCGAGUCCGGGGUUCUUUUCGCUCGGAUGCGCUUCAUCUUAGAGCGAAUUCUUUUCGGUGGCCAUUCGGACAUUCCCGAGGAUCGGGCUGAGUACGUUCGGAAGGCGUACGGCCUACUAGAGGACACCUUGGUCGAUGCGUACGUCGCGGGCGACCACCUGACGUUGGCUGACUUCAGCUGCGUGUCUUCGGUCACUUCCAUUGCGGGUGUGGUGCCGAUGGAAGCGUCGCAGUACCCGAAGAUUCACGCCUGGAUCGACCGCUUGAAGCAGUUGCCGUACUACGAGGAAGCCAAUGGCAGCGGUGCAACCGAACUGGGAAAGUUCGUUCUGUCGAAAGCGGAAGCUAACGCCAAAAAGUAAAUGCUAAUGGGCGCUAAUAAAUCGGACGUGAGCGUAAUCGCAAAAAUGAUUCUGCGCCGAUAUCUGUUUCUCAUUCGAAGACCGCGAGCGAACCAGUUUCGUUUUGAUGCAUACAUUUGUACAGUACAGUUUCUACGGGAACAGUAAUGUGUUAACUGUAAGGUUGAUUUCCGUAUGACACCAUCAAUUAGUGCCGGAGAAAUUUGAGAACGUGUGAUUGAUUUAUAACGAGUUUUAUUUCAUUCGUUUAAAAUAUACACAACAUGUACGAUAAAUUUAUCAAAU